AUGAAGCCUGUGCUUUGUACAUAUUCCCUCUCGCCGUCGGUUCCUUUUUGGACCAAGCCACUCCCAGAUGAUGUAUGCCGAGUGACAACUCAGCCACUGCAUGGGUUAGAGGAGAUUGUGAUCUUGGAAGUGGGCCUGGAGCAUCAGUCUCCGCGACCAGUUCCCCAACCGUCCUUAUUCACUGCAUGGGAAACAGCAUCAGCAGAAGGUGACGAGUAUUUUGGAUGGACCCCCAAGGAACUUGAGAUUGUCGGUGAUGAAGGACGGCUGGUGGAGGCCUUACUGUCUGGCCAUCUCUGCGUCAUAAGCGACGGAUCAUACAAGCGAGACCUGGGAACGGCGGCUGUACAACUACUCCCAAGAAAAGGGGAGAAGGACCGCAUCAUUGUUCGGUGCCAGACUCCUGGACCAAAGCGCCUAUUGGAGUGA